AGUUUUUGUACCAGGUGAUUUUUAUUAAUUUUUAUUGAUUGUACAAUCCAAUUGUGGUUGUAUUUAUUUUUCCUUCUAACAGGAGGAGUGUUGUUUUCCCUGGCGCUCUCUAUUGGCAAUCGUACGUAUUGUUCUUGGUGAGAGCAUUGCUUCGAACUGCCAUGGCGCUGGUGAAGCUUGCUGAUCGAUUAUUCAGGCGGGGAGUAUUGCAGAAGACUUAUUUCCCUGCCACUGGAAGCCUUCGUGCUUGUGCCACCACUGCUCUCCCGCACUCAAUACUGCACUCACAUUGGCCCAGUGAUGAGGAAAUAAAAGCCUCCAAGAAGCGCACACUGGAAGACUGUACUCCAGAAGCAGUCCUGAGAGCAUGCGGGAAUCUUCGAAAAAUUGACAACUUAUACGUCCAUGAGGAAAUGUGUCGUUUGGCUCCUCUAGUCCUGCAACUGAAGGAUUCUAGUCCAUACUUCUACAACCAGUCAUGUGCCAUCAUCUUGUCCACUGCCAUCUAUCUGAACGCCCCCAUGCCAUUUUCAGCAGAGGCUGGCAUCGUGGAUGAUUUCAAGCAGAUGCUGUCGGAAUCACUUGUCACCGCGGUGGCCUGCGUGGGCUUGCUACAGUAUAAACUGAAGAUGGGAAACUCACGGGACGCAUCUAGUGAAGAGGGAGAAUUGAAGCAGAUGGAAAAGCAGAUUGAGAUGCACCUAAAAGACCACAGUGAUGCUCAGCAAAUGGAACACCUGCUAAGCUGGUGGGCCCACUCGCGAAAGCCCAGUCCAGAUAGUGCUUUCGGCAAAGUAAUUUGGCAAAGCGUGAUGGACGGGAUCCGGUCAGAAUGGAGUGUUCUAGAUGCUAUACGGGUUCUACAACAGAUUGUAGCCUUCCCUGGUUCACCAGAGAAGAAGCUAUUCCACGGCAUGGUACUAAAGCGCAUAGAAUCCGAAGGCAGUCAGCCAGAGCAUAUUCUUGGACUGCUCCAGUACGUUCGCAAUUCUGAGUUGUCCUGGCUCUAUGAAGUAACGUUCAGUAGGUUUUCAUCAAAUUUGCACAAAGUCUUGCAGCGAUCCGCUCCCGUAUUCAACUCUAUUGUGGGUACGUACCCGCAAAUUGUCGACUCCGGAGUUGCAGCGCGUACAUUCAAGCUCCACUCCGAGGAGCAGUGGUUGGACUCCAAUAUCCAUGUGAUGCGAAUGAUGCAGCAAACGUGUCCAGAGCUGUUCGAGACGGUCGCACGUCAUCAAUUGCCUAAUGCUGGCGUGGAGUUGGCUACCGAACUGCUAAGUCUGGCCAAGGGUGGGCUAGCUGAGUGGAUUUCAUCAGAUCUACUCGCCCGCUUCCCAGUGGAGACCAUGCCACAGGCAACACAUGUAGAGCUGCUGCUGGCCAAGGUGGCUGAUUCUGGGGAUCUACCUUUGGAAAUUCUUGCCAAGAUCAAGGCAUCCAACGAUGGCAUCUCAUGCCUCCUGCACCGAAUGCUUCAAAGACCAAGAUUCUCCGUGCCAGAGCAGAUGACAGAGCCUAUUGCUCAGUUGCUAAUGGACGUAAUCGAGCUCUCUUUUGUUACCGACUUGCCUAACGUGGUGAUGUUGCUGUGCACGAACUGGCAGUGGAUGACAGCAGCGCGCCGUGAUCGAGCUACUCACGCUCUUAUGCAGCGAGUGCCUGAAAUGAGUAUUGACGAGCUACCACUGAUGCACAUUCACCAGCUUGGCCCCUCGGCAGUACGUAGUCUCUUUCAGCGGCUGAAUUCGUUCGUGCUAACCGUUGUGCCCGAAGAGGCAUGCUCUGUUGCUGCUGAGCUGUUGAAGCAACGACUGUUCUCGGCUGACCUGUACCGCAACAUCGUUGAUUACUGCGUUCGUCAUCUUGACAGCAUUCCCGACCAGGAGUUAGCCUUUGUGCUGGAUACGGUCCUCUCUCUGUCUGCCAUCGGCCGCAUUCCACUGGAUUCUGCUCAAGUACAGGCAGUGCUCAACACGAUCCAUGCUCGCAUGUCGUUGCCUAAUCAAAGCUCCACUCUUGUUGCACUUGGUUGGGCCCUGGCUGCUAAUGACACGUUUCACAGCUAUGUGUUUUCUGACGCUCUCAGCCAGGUGAAUGGUAAGUUACCAAAGCCCCGUAACGAUGCGUUCCACACACAGCGAAGGCUGCUGCAGAUGUAUGAGAGCUUUGAAUUGACCGAGUCAGCGUCCCUGGACAGUCCUAUACCGCCUUCGUUUAUCCUGGAAUGCAAGCAAGUUAGUCCUCACCUCGAAGGCUUCAAACCUCACAUCGUUGAUCACAGUGCCGGGUUCUCUGAAUUCAUAUCGGCAUUGCAGCAUGUUUAUCCGGAGGAAGUGGCAUCACUCAGAGCCAACGCAUUUGGCGCACUGUUUGCUGUUGUGGAGCCGAACAAGACGUCCUUGGAUGUGAGCUCCGAGACGGAUGAGAGCAUGUCCAGCCAGCAGCCGAUGAUAUUCGCUUUCCCUCGGGCCAGUCGCUUCUCCUAUCUACAGAAUGUGCCUGAGGACACGUAUGCUCCGUCCGGUGACUUGCUUCUGACGCUGCGCAACAUGGAACGGCUGCACGGCUACAGAACCUGCCUGGUUCCCUUUGCCGAGUGGUACGAUGCUCAAGAUCUGGAGGCAAGGUGUACAGUCCUGCGUCAUGUCGCUGACGGCAAGUACGAUCAUCUUUUGCCCGCUUGGCAAAGCAGUCCUCAGCGGCUGUGCCCGCAGGCUACUAGUGCAACUGCGGAGAAGAUUGAGACUGCAGUAUAGGAGGUAGUACUAGGGAGUCGGGACCAUUGACUUCUCUACUGUGGACUGCGUUGUACUGUCUGCCAUCGCUUACCUGGGGUCAAAGGCAGUGCACGCGUGUCAAUGAACAUGCUGGUUACUCCACUGCAGUGUUGUGCAGUGCAGUGCAGCAACUGUGUAGGUCUGCUCCGUGGCGGUGAGCAUUGAUCUGAUAAGGGCACGGCAAUCUGCAGCCAGUGCUGCUGGAGCAGAUUUCACUCGAACCUUGAGAGAAAAAGUUAGGCAACUUUCAUGUGUGCCACUCUCCCUUCCAUCCGUGCGUUUACGGCUACGGAGAAAUGCAUCAGUGGUGAUUUUCAUUUCCCAACGCUAAAACAGUUCAUCCUUCGCGUCAAGCUGCCCUGUGUACUUUUCUUUCUCUCUUGCUAUGCAAGACGAUGAUUAGACAUGUGCACUUUUCAGUCUGUUUAGAACACAGCGUAUCCUUUAUCCAAGCUACAGUAACCUUGAGGCGCCAGUUGAGCAUAGGGUUUCAGGCAGGCUUUUUGUUAGGGGAAGCAAUUAUUUGCCAUCUGCUCAUUAUUCAAGACAUUUAAAGAAUGAAAAAUUCGAUAAAAAUA